UAGUGAGCAUUGAUUGUAGUUGUGAAGUGAUUUAGUACUGCCACACAGGAGCAGCGGCAGUGGGCACCGCUUUACGGCUGCUAGAAGACGAAAAAUAGAGUUCGAAAAUGGUUGAAAUUCUCGAUGGUGCCGGUCCGGAGAGCAGUUGCAAUAACGCAGGUUCAUCUACAACUUUGUCCUUGUCGCAGGCAGCAGGAGCUUUUAGCCGCAAAAACAUGCAGAACGAAGAUGUUGAAAAUUUGCAUCAUACAACUGCAGCUGCACCAGCAUCUCCCUCUGUGCUCCCGACCCCCGCUGCCGGCCUGUCUGCAAUAGUCCCGGGCCGCUACGACGCCUUGCUGAUCGACCAAUUCGGCGUUUUGCACGACGGGAAAACGAUUUUUCCCGGGGUCGCCAACUGCUUGGAACAGCUGAGGAGGGGGUCCACCUCCACCCCCGAGACGAAGCUAGUUCUGUUGUCUAACUCGACCAAACGGACCGCAGCCACGAAAGCGCGUCUGCAGAAGAAGAUGCCGGAAAUCGACAGUGACAAGUUUCACGACAUGGUGACCUCGGGAGAACUAUGCUGGCAUUUUUUUCACGACCAAGUGAAGCCGGAGUGGAAAAAGGCGAUUGUUUUUGACGUGGCGGACGGGUAUUUGCCGGAGUUCAUGAAGGGCCUGGAAGGAAAAUUGGAAUUUGUGGAAAAAGUAGAAGACGCAGACUUCGUGCUGGUGAUCGGACUCGGAGGGGUGCACGUGGAGAGUAAAAAAACGAAAACCACCACGGCGGAAAGAAAAAUCAGUGAUGGUGAACAACAACAAGAAGCUGCUGCCACUACAACACCAGCUACAUCAAGCACGACUUAUGAAGUGAAGCAAAAGCUCACUUUUCCCUUCAACCAUAGCGGCGACGCGAGUCUGGAAAGUCUGGAUAAAAAGAUGGAGAGUCUGCUGCUAGAACAAGAAGAUGAAAGGUCCCCGUCCAUAUCAGGUAGAAGCACCACUAGUAGUACAGUCAGAGAAGAAAUCGGAAUGGUAAACGGAAUCUUGCAGCAAGCGAAGGAGAGAAAUCUUCCGCUCGUGUGCGUGAACCCAGAUUUGAUUUCCGCACCGAGGAAGGACAAAACCUUUGACUUGGUCGGCGGGUUUCUCGCACGGCGGUACGAGAAAAAAUUCGGGGGCACGGUGUUGUACUUCGGGAAGCCGCACGAUAACAUGUACAAUUUCGCCUUGAAGAACGUUUUGGAGAAACAGUUCGGAAUCACGAAAAAAGCGAAGAUCGCGAUGGUCGGGGAUUCUCUCCUGCACGACGUAACCGGGGCCAACAACGCCGGGAUAGAUUCCAUUUGGCUGGUCGGCGGCGUGCACUACGAGGAAUUGGGGCUGACAACCGUCGGACCGCAGGAGGAUGGCGAGGGUGGAAGUGGUUUUUGUAGUCUUUUCCGGUCGGAGGAGAAGAAAGGGCUAGUCUCCAAGCUGAUGAAAGACUUCAAUGCAACGCCAACAUGGCUGGUUCCCGGGUUCGUCUGGUAGACAAGAGAGACUGCUUACUUGCUUACACGGGGGUCCUCGUUGCGCCGCGCGUACCAAGGGCUAGCGAGCUACAAAGCAUAUUGGCUCGCAGCAGCGCUUGUGAUAGGUUCCGCAACAGGAACAGAGAUGCGAUGUGGACUGUCGGUCUCAAUGCAUGGUUUAAUCUGCGUGAAGCGCCAAUCUUGAAUGUUCUCACUCACUACGCGAAAUUUUGUGAAAUUCUAUGAAUGUUGAGUCAACAGGUCCUCUACUAACACUGCUAGUUACUUUACCCCCCGAUUUAUUCGGAUAAUUAAACAUGAUGCUCGUGUCCACCGGGUUAGCAAGAAUGAAGUAGAUUGUCGUCG